AUGUAUUGGACACUAUAUCUAAUAGAUAAGGAAUAUGUUGUCAACGAUGCCAGCGGUGAUCGGUAUCCCUGGUGGUUGACACACGCGGGGCACUCAAUGGUUGUCCCAAUUCUACUGUUGGAAGCGUUGACAACAUAUCACCGAAGAUCGCGACUCGUGAUAGAGAUGUCAAUACUGAUAGCCCUCGUGGGCUCGUAUGUCCUAUGGAUCUACUAUUUAGGACUAGUACAGCAUAUCUGGGUUUACGGCAUACUUCGCAAGAUCUCAACCGUCAAUAGAGUUGUCAUACUUUGCGGUUUCGGCGUCUAUGCCAUUGUCCUCUAUCUGAUUGGUCUACUUCUGCACAAAAUACUGUGGCCUCAAAGACGUCAAGAGGUGUGGCCUCAGCAGUGGUCGGCCGACGAGAUCAGCAAUGGUCAGCUCGAGUUUGAAAACUUCAGAGUCAGACAGGGAUUGAUCCGAUAG